CGUUUUUUACAAAAAUUCUUAUUAAUUUUUGCUUUUUUGCCCCUUAUGUCGUCAUUUUUUUGCAACCUAUUUCUUCAUUUUUUAUCACUUUUUUCUUCAUUUUAUCAGCAAUUUUAAAAUUUUAUUCAACCUAUUUUUAGAUAGUAAUUAGCUAAAAAUCCGAUCCCUGUCCAUAACCUAAAAUUAGCUAUCACUCAAUCAAAUAUUCAUUUAUUUAAAUGUUUUUAUUGUCAAAAUUUGUGACAUUAAUUAAUAAAAUAAUAGUAUUUAUAAUUAUUUUUUAAACAGCUGUCACUUAAUCUAAUAUAAGGAAUGUCAAAUUGCAACAAAAACACUUUUUUUUCUUUAAUUUCAUCUUUCGCCCAUUUUUUAUUUUAUAUUGAUAAAUAAAAAAUUUUACAGUGGGUCCUUUACUACGGAAGGGACCCCUUUCAAUGCCAGCCGUUUUAUUACAACAAUUACCUCCUCUAAAUCGUUGUUCCAAGAUAAAGCCUUUCAAAAUAAAGUUCAAAUUUGCUUAGUCUUUUCAGUUUUUAACCCAAAGUUCGCAGGUUUUUCGGUGUUGUUCUUCGAUCUGUCUGAAGAAUAAUACCUAAUACAAAUUUCAAAAUGAACAAGUUAAACUUUAUUUAUUUACUUUUCUCCAUUUUAUUUUAUAUUAUUUUUAAAAAUUAUGUUAACGCAAGUGAAGGAGUUAUUAUUUGGAAAGAUUGGCAUAGAGUUUCAACAUUCAAAUGUUUAAAAGAAAAAUAUUCAAAAGAAUUUGUUAUUGUUGAGGCUAAUAAUUAUGAUACAGGAGAAGUUAAUUUAGAUGCAGAAAUAAAUAUAAUAAAUGCUAGAGCAGCAGGUUUUGAAAAUGUAGAUAUUGACAUUGCUCCCUGUGUUAAGCCUUCUUCUGAGUACAAAUUAUGUGGAAAUGCUAGGUAA